AAAAGAAGAAUUUUAGAUCGAAUUCAAGCAUGAAUAAUGUGUGCGCUUGAAAGCAUAUUCUUCUAUUCCACACGUGCAAAACCUUAAUAAAAAACAUUUUAAAGUCUUCUAUUCUACCAGCAGACCUUACAAAGUUACAAUUAAGGACCAAAUCAAACAUUAGCAGCUUCUGACUUGGAAGGUAAGUCUUUUGAAUUCCAAGAAACAUCCCUUAAUCCAUCCGUGUACACAACCCCCUCUCUUUCUCUCUCAUCCUUUUCUUCUUCCUAUCCUACGUACGUAUCACCUCUUCUCUCUCUCUCCCUCCUAUAUAUAUAUAUAUAUAUAUAUAGAGAGAGAGAGAGAGAGAGAGAGAGAUCUAGAUCUAGAUCUAGAGAGAGAGGGAGCUAGGGAGGGAUAGAGAGAAAGCCCACCAACCACACCGUAUAUUUAUUUAUUUAUUUAUUUAUUUAUUUACACAAACUGUAAGCUUUCGAAGAUCGGUCAAAAGAUGUCGGUCGGCGAGAAGAUGCUGGCAGCAGGUCCGGACGCUGAUAGCGGCGGUGGCAAGCAGGCGCGCUUCGACCGGUGCUUCUCAGGCCUGGAUUUCGCCAUGGACGCCGGCCCGCUGAAGGAUUUGGACCCCGAGAAGCUGAAGAAGGAGAUCAAGAGGUGGGCCAAGGCCGUCGUCGCCUACGCCCGCCAGCUUAGCUUCGGCCCGCGCGAGCGGCCCGACUCUCAGAGAGGAUCGUCCACGGAUUGAAUUAAUCUGAAAACAAUCAGCUCGAUCCACGCAACACUUUCGUUAUUUCCUUCUCAUCGCUCGCCUCUCUCCGUACGUAUGAGCCGCUCCUCAAUGACAACAAAAAUUCAUUUGUUCGUUUAUUAUUAAUUCAUGUGUACAUACAUAUAUCCACACACUACAUAUAUAUAUACUAGUUCUUUUCUACUUUUUUUUUUUUUUUCUCUCUUUUUUUACAUCUUUUUGUAAAUAUUUGCUGAUAUUCGUUCAUUCCUUAAGCGGCAGUGAUUACGGAAAUGGAUAGCGAGAGAAAAUUAAUUGAAAUAUUCAAACGACAUCCAGUUGGUUGUUUAAUAUAGCAGCGGACUUUUGAUUAGUCGAUCGGAAUCCUUCGAUAUGUAAGAUUGAUAAAUUUUAAAUAUUUGAUGGUGCAUGAUUUGUGCACUUGUGUUG